AUGCGAAGACAGGUUUCGGCUGAACAAUUACUUUUUGAUCCUGAGAUUGAAAGAACAGCUCGAAAAAAUAAUAGUCAGAGAAAGAAAAGGAAGCAACUAGCCAAACAAAAGAAGCAGCAAGAGGGAACUUCUGUUUCUAUUUCUUCAACAUCUUCUAUUGCCGAAGAAACAAUGGCAGAACCUCCACCACCUACUCCGGGGCCGUGCCAUAAUAGCCCAAGACGCUUGGCUCAUUUGGCAAGACCACAAGCUGGAGCCAGACAGACUGAGCUGAAAACAGGAUACCUCCAAUUGUUAUAUGCUAACCCUUUUUCAGGUUUACCUCAUGAGGAUCCUUAUAAUCACCUUGUCAAGUUCUAUGAGAUCGCUGGUUCGCUUGGAACUACUGCAGCAGAGGAAGAAGCGGCAUUCUUAAGAGGGUUUCCACAUUCAUUGAUCGGCAAAGCUAAGGAAUGGUACUUAGACCAGCCUACUGAAGUCAUGACUAAUUGGAACACUCUUGAAGAAAAAUUUCUUGAAAGGUUCUUUCCUCACCACAAGUUCAUGGAGGCCAAAACAUCUAUUGCUGUGUUUUCUCAAGGUUCUAAUGAGACACUCUGUGAAGCUUGGGAGAGAUACAAGUCUAUGUUAAGGAAAUGUCCUAGUCAUGGUUUUGAUGAACUUACUCAGAUUCAUAUCUUCCGCAACGGACUGCUUCAACAAUCAAAACUCUUGCUAGAUGCUACAGCUGGUGGAUCCUUAUUGUCACUUAGUGCCGCCGAUGCAACCGCAAUUAUUGAAAAAAUGGCACUUAGUGAUCAUCAAGGUGAAUAUAGCAGGAAUCCGUCUCAAAGGAAACCAGGAGUUAUUGAGCUUGGUACAGGUGAUGCAGUGUUGGCUCAAAACAAAUUGAUCUCACAAUCUUUAGAAGAAAUCACAAAGCAAUUAUCAAAGCUCCCACAACAAAUGAAGGAGAUGCAGGAAGGAUCAAGCAAACCAAAGCAAGUUGCGUAUUGUCAGCUUUGUACGGGAGACCAUCCAACUGGUCAUUGUCCUCCAGCGGAUGAAGAGGUGAAUUACAUGGGUAACCAACAAAGACAAGCACCGUAUCAGAACAACUCAGGUUAUCAAAGAGGUGGUAACUCAAACCAUGGUCAAGGUUGGAGACAGGAUGUUGGCACAUCAAACAGGCAAAAACAAUAUGAAAGCUACAAUCAGCCACCUCCUCAGCAAAAUCAAAACUCAAACCUGGAAGAGACAAUGAAUAAGUUCAUGGAAAUGACUAUGAAACAAAACCAGCAAAUGCAGCAACAAUUGCAACAAUACCAGCAGCAACAACAACAACAUCAGCAAGAAAACCAAGUUUAUCAAAGAAGCAAUGAUGCAGUGUUAAGAAACUUGGAAACUUAG